UCAGGAUUGGAGAUCAACCUUUUCUAAUCAACUUUAAUUGCUCUUUUGUUACGAUUUUUAUUACAAUAUGAAAACGAUUGGUCAUACUAGUUUUAUCAACAAAAAUGAAUAGAAAAAGCAUAAUUUGAAUAAAAUGAAGACUGCAAAUAAGUGAGAAAAAUUUCCUGUUCGUCCUAGAUGGACAAUUUUGAUUAAAGUCUAGGAAAAUGUUAGCAAAUUGUACUUUAAAAGAUACCGGCCCUGUACCAGCGUAUGGUACAACGAGAUACAACGGCGCGAUUAAUUUAAAAGAAAAUAUUAAUCAGUACUAUAUCAAUGCACCACGUAAAAUAUUCUUUGGAUUUUCGUCACCAUGCACGAAGAUAGAUAAACGGUCGAAGGAUUUGGAAAAUAAAAGGACAAGAGAGAAGGAAGACAAUGUAUGCAAAAAUGUCACAAAAUCCAGUGUUCUAUCAGUUUGUGGACCCAUGAGCAGAGAAAGCAGUCAUUGUACAUGUCAAGAUGAAAAGUCAUGUAUCUGCUUGGAAAAUGGACAAAAAGAAUCGAAGACGUCGAGCGAAAACUCUUUAUGUUAUACGGAUUGGAAAGAAAUUUAUAAGUUAACGGAUACUUCUGACACGAAGUUAACAAAUUCAUGCGAGAGAUUGCUUAAUUGCAUACAAAAUGGCGGAGACACGAAUACCUAUCUCAAUCUGUUUGAACCUCAUCCACGGAAAGAACGACAAAUAAAAGGAAAAGAUUUGCCACCGUCAGGAUACAAUGUGACUUUAAUUCUUCCUCAAUGUGUCUGCUUACAAAAUUAUCAAAAAGAUAAACAAAUUCCAAACAUUGCAAGCGACGAAACUAUUCGUGAUGAAAUAUGUGAAACUAUAAGCGAGUUAUGUAUGCCUAACAUCCCGGAGCUUUCAUGGGAUAUAAUGCAAUCUGGAAUAGUCGAAAAAAUACCAGAAAAAUAUACAAGAAAUAUUUUUGAGUAAAAUAUCAUUUUACUAUAGAAUGAAACAUUUUUACGAUGCUUUAUACGAGACACAUAAUAUUGCGUAUUUUUUAUGAAAAUUAAUUUAUGUUUCAAACUGCAGGAGCGAAAACGACGAUUCGGUUUCUCUUCGGACCGAACGAAUCUUCCCCACUGGGCGUGGUUGGUAAUCCAAAGGUGGUGACUAACUGUUAACUAUCAGUAGUCAGUGUGUUGAUUGAUUUUCAAAUACAUCGUUGGACUGAUCUUCGUCUUCAUAAUCUCUAAUUUCUAUUUUACCAUUUUUGUUGUUUUUUCCAUUCAUUUCAUAUUCUUUUUCUUAAUUAUUUCGUAUUAAUUUCUAGUUUGUUUGUUUUCUCUUGCGAUUCAUUUUAGUUUGAUAUUUCAUCGUUGGACAUUGGUAGACAUCGUGGAAUGCACGCGCCUUAGCUUUAACUUGUUAUAAGAUAGAUCCUAUGUUUAUUAUGAGCGCUUUCUGUCCAAAGAUACGAAUCUAACAUAGAGCGAAAAUUUUUUCCCUUAUAUCCUUCCGCUUAUUAGAUAGAACGUAACUGUUUUCAUGAUCGAUCGAAAGAAUCGUAGGUAAUUCUCCCAGAUCGAGUUCAGGACUCGAGUCGAGUUACUGUCUUCCUGGAUCACGCAUCAGUUCGUUGGGACGUCUUUUUGGUGUAUCAGUGCGAGGGUCUGUCGGCCCUGGUCGUCCUGUGCACCUGUUCACGUACACGACCAGGAUACAGACCCUGUAAUCUGUGACUCAUGACGUGGCUACGGUCAGACCUCAUGGGAUGAUUCCUUAAUUGGUUUCUCCCCCAUGCGACAGGGGUACGGAGUGUUCGUCCGGCUAUUAGGCCUCCCUAGGCCCUCGAGUUUUACCCCUGAGAGUAUCAUCAGUUCGCUGGCCACCUUCGUUCUAGAAUAUUUCGUAUUCAGGUUGUCAGGGAGUCAACUUAUGUCGAGGAAGUUUAACUCGUUAGUUUCGACUGUGUAUCGCGAAUUUCAUAUCAAUUUUUAUUUGUUCACUUUUUCUAUAUUUUUCUUCAAUUCCAAUUUAUA